AUGCGACUCAGCGGGGCUCUUGCGGCUCGCAGGGCCGGCGAGCGGGCGUGCGGGGGGCGGUGCGCUGGUGGCAACGACCCCCGAUGCCGGGCACGGAACGCCCCACAGGCGGCUCAGACCGCUCAGGAGAGCCAUGGGCGGCGAGCUAGCCGGCACAUUGCGCGGCGGGCGCUGAGCUCGCCCGUGGGCGGCCCUUCGACGGAGCGUGAAGAGGAGGCGCUGCUGCGCGACAGCGCAGCUGCGGAGAUCUACGGCAUCCCUCGCUCCGAAUGGCUCAAGUUGCAGGCCCCUGCCAGGUAUCUCGGGAACGAGUUUGGGGCCAUGCACAAGGACUUCGACGCUGCGGAGGUGCGGUGCUCGCUGACGUACCCGGAGGUGUACGAGGUGGGCGCGUCGAACCUCGGCCACAUCCUGCUGUACACGCUGCUCAACCGCACCGAGGGCGUCAUGUGCGACCGGUCGUACUACCCGGGCGACGACCUGCGCGACCUGCUGGCGAAGUACGACAAGCCGCUCUUCGCGGUCGAGUCCCGCCGCCCGCUGUCGGACUUCGACGUGCUCGGGUUCUCGCUGUCGUACGAGCUCGGCGGCACCAACAUCCUGGAGAUGCUGCGGCAGAGCAACAUCCCCGUGUCCUGGGAGGAGCGCGCGGAGCCGGACGACGAGCCGUGGGACGUGGCCGCGGGGUCCCGCCCGCUGAUCUUCGCGGGCGGGCCCACGGCCACCUCCAACCCCGAGCCCUUCUCGGACUUCCUGGACUUCGUGGCGCUCGGGGACGGCGAGGAGCUCCUCCCGGAAAUCGCCACGUGCCUCAAGCAGUGCAAGCGCGAGCGUCUGUCCAGGUCGGACACGCUGCUGCGUCUCGCGACGACGGUGGCGGGGGUGUACGUCCCCCAGUUCUACCAGAAGAUGCAGGGGUGGGGGGGUGCCGUGUUCCCCGCGCGCGAGGGCGUGCCGGCGCGCGUGGAGCGGCGCGUCGCGGACCCGGACCCCACCGCGCAGGUCGGCCUCGUCCCCUUCGUCAGCACCGUCCACGACCGCCUCACCAUCGAGAUCCGGCGGGGCUGCACGCGCGGGUGCCGCUUCUGCCAGCCGGGGAUGCUGACGCGGCCGGCGCGCGACGUGGAGCCGUCCGCGGUGGUCGACGCCGUCGAGGAGGGCAUGCGGAAGACCGGGUACAACGAGUUCUCGCUGCUGUCGCUGUCGUGCAGCGACUAUCUGUCGCUGCCCAGCGUGGGCCUGCAGAUCAAGAACCGCCUGCGGGACGAGCCCGUGUCGCUGUCGCUGCCCUCGCAGCGCGUCGACGCGUUCGACGACAACGUCGCGGACGUGCUCACCGCGGGGAACGCGAAGCGCUCGGGGCUGACGUUUGCGCCCGAGGCCGGGACGCAGCGCCUGCGCAACAUCGUGAACAAGACGCUCACGAACGAAGAGCUCCUCGCGGGCGUCAAGAAGGCCUGGGACCUGGGGUGGUUCCAGGUGAAGCUGUACUUCAUGAUCGGGCUGCCGGGCGAGACCGACGAGGACGUCCUGGGCAUCCCGGACACCAUCGCGUGGCUGCAGCGCGAGUGCCGCCGCGGGUCCAUGCACCUCGCCGUCAACGUGACGAUCUCGUGCUUCACGCCCAAGCCGCACACGCCCUUCCAGUGGCACAGCGUGAGCACGUCGGAGUUCAAGCGCAAGCAGAACCUCCUCCGCGAGGCCUUCAAAGACUUCCACCAAGUCAAGGUCAACAUGACUCCCCCGGAGAUCUCCGCGAUGGAGGACUUCAUCGGGCGCGGGGACCGCUCGAUCGGGAAGGUCAUCCGCCGGGCGUGGGAGAAGGGCGCGACCAACGACGCGUGGUGGUGCAACAUGGACGGCGCCUUCCAGACGUGGGGCGAGGCGAUCGAGGAGGCCGGCAUGGACUGGAAGUACCGCCAGGUGCUCGACGGGGAGUGGGACGUGAUGGAGAAGCAGGGCGACGAGCGGUACCGGAAGCAGGGCGGCGGCGGGAAGGGCCGCAUCGACCGCGGCGAGCUGGCGGACAAGCGGCUGGACAUGCCGCUGCCGUGGGACCACAUCGACACGGGUGUGUCGAAGUACUGGCUGAAGACGGAGCUGCAGCGCGCCCUCGAGGCCGUCACGACGCCCGACUGCAGCCACUCGGACGUGUGCACCGAGUGCGGGGUGUGCGAGGACGACGAGCCGAAGGAGGGCGAGGCGCGCGGCCGCGGCAGCAACAUCGUGUUCCCGUCGCCGCCGAUCCCGAAGUACCUCGGGCCGAAGAACGACCGCACCGUGAGGACGCAGCGCCUGCGGUUCAAGGUGGCCAAGCGCGGCGACAUGGUCUUCGUCGGGCACCUCGACCUGAUGUCGGCGAUCGAGCGCGCCUGCCGCCGCGCCGCGCUGCCGGUGUCGACGGACGCCUCGCCAUACAACGCGCGGCCGCGCAUCUCCGUGGCCCUCGCGCUCUCGCUGGGGGCCACCACGGACGCCGACUGGCUGGAGAUCGUGUUCUACAAGCGCCUGCCCGUGGCCGAGAUCCGCAGGCGCCUGCAGGAGCAGUUUCCGAAGGACCUGCACCUGCUCAGCGCCGAGGAGGUCCCGAUCUACCGCCUCGACGGGGGGUUCACUGACAAGAUGUCUGACCUUAUGCGGUCCGUGGAGUACUACCUCCUGGUGCGCGCCAUCGCGCCGGGGACGAUCGAUAAGGCCGCGAAGGCCGCCGUCGCCGCGGAGGCCGUGCCGGUCAAGCGCAAGACGAAGCGUGGGAAGAAGAAGAAGAUCGAUUUGCGGCAAACGUUGAUGGAUAUCGCCGUCGUGGACGACGCCGACAACUCUCCCCUGGGCCGCCACGCCCCGGACAUCCUGCGUGAGGCCGUGGACCUCGCGGAGAGCGCGGGCGGCGAGGCGAAGGUCGUGCGCGUGCGCAGCAAGGUGCUGCACAACGGCUACGCCCCGCUGACGCCGGACAGCACCGUGGAGAUGCUGAAUCUGGUGUCGGAGGGCGCGGGCGUCGAGCUCCUGCACAUCCACCGCAGCGACAUCGAGCUAGGGGAGCAGAAGCGCGUCAAGCCGAACCAGCAGCGCCUGGCAAGCAUCGUGCGCUGGGAGGCCUUCGCCGCCAUCGGCAAGGCGCGCGGGCAGGGACCGUGGGCCAAGGGGAUGGAGAACCGCCCGGACGACAUCGACACCCGGUGGAAACUGGCGUAG